UUCUCACCUACACGGCGUGGCGCCCGCCUAAGCACAGCUAGGCGGCGGUCCCGAAGACUUGGGCUUGUCGUCUGCAUUUGACUUCCCUAGCACCCUAAUCCUUCUCCUCCGCAUAAUCGAGCCGUUGGCCCAGUCGAGCCAGCAAACUCCACGUCUGCUGCCUGUUUGCUUCCUUACACCCACGCAAGGGAUCACGGUUAGAUCCGCUUAGACGACGUCCUGGCGCCGUUUACGGACCGUCGUCUUUGCCUCACGAUGCGAUCCCCGGCGUUUCCUCCCCGGCGGCCGUCCCAUCUCGUCCGAUACAUACUGCCUGCCGCGGUGCUCAUAACGCUCUUCUACUACCUGUCUCCGACAACAUCAGACGUGCCGCCUACAUAUAUCGAGAGUCAUGGCCCAAGCUCCAAUGGGAAGCACGAUUCGUAUUUCUCUCCCGGCCCGGGGUCGCAGGGAUCCAAGAGUUCGCAGGAUUCAUCUUCAACAGGAAAAACACCAUCCUACAAUGACGAGAAAGAAAAGUUGAUAUAUGACUCGACAUCCGAUGAGCAUCCCAUCGAUUCGUUGAUCAGGGCGGCAGAGUCCGACUUCACAAAGGUGCUGGCGAAGGAGUCGCAUUCACUCGCUGCAGCUGCUGCGGCAUACCGCGAGCAACGAGGAAGGCACCCUCCUCCAGGUUUCGACGCUUGGUACGAAUUUGCAAAGGAGCGGAACGCCGUCAUGAUUGAGGAUUUCUGGGAUCAGAUCUACCACGACCUCAACCCCUUUUGGGGUCUCGACCCCAAGAGGAUUCGUAAAGAGGCCUGGGAUUACGAAAUGACCAUUAAUAUUCGCAACGGCAACGCCUCCGCCGUGAGCGACUGGUUUUGGACGCAAAUUUGGCUGGAUAUGAUCAAGACGAUUGAGCAUCUAUUGCCAGACAUGGACAUUGCGCUCAACGCUAUGGACGAGCCGAGACUGGUCGUGCCAUGGGAAGACAUCAACGGCUAUGUACAGCAAGAGAAGAAGAGUCGUUCGAUCGUCCCUACCAAGGACGUUGUUACUGAUUUUAAUCAACUCCCUGGUCCCAAACAGAUGGACAAAUCUCCCAAGACCAGGAACAAGAAGUGGGAGGGUACCGAACCAUACUGGCUCAUUGCCCGUCGUGGUUGUCCCCCUGACAGUCUUGCUCGUACAACCGCCACGAUGAAGUCAUUCGACAGGACGCCUGAAUUCACUUCGUCGUACGCCAACCCGCAUCAAUACCGGGGUUAUGUGUACAACUCUACUCUCUCACGCGAAUUCUGCCACCAACCUGAUCUGCAGGGACUCGAGGGGAUAUUCAUCAAGCCUCUGACAACAGCUGCGACCAAGGUCCUCUUCCCAAUGUUUGGAGGGAGCAAGCUUGCCACCAACAACGAAAUCCUGUUGCCAGCCCCUAUGUACUGGAACGAGGAAGAGAGGUUCACAGGGGGUGGUGAUCGCGGAGCGCCCUGGAAUCAGAAGGUAGGAGAUCUGAUCUGGCGCGGCGUGGCCACCGGGGGCCGCAACAAGGAGAAGAACUGGAAGGGUUUUCAAAGACACCGGUUUGUCGCGAUGAACAACGGCACCAAACUUACCCGCGCCGAAGCCGAGGUCGAAUCCCCGAAGAAUUUCGAGCUUCCCUCGCCCACGUACGACGUUCAAGCACAGAAGGACGGCAGAUUGGGCAAGUGGGUCGACUCGUUUGCUGAUGUUGGAUUCACCGACCUCUUUUGCGAUGACACGCUCGGGGAGCAGGAAUGGGGCCGUUGUCCGUACACGGACCCCGAGUACGAAAUAGUACCGGGUCGAAUGCUUAGUGAGCAGUUCGAUUACAAGUACCUACCUGAUAUUGAUGGCAACUCCUUCUCUGGCCGGUACCUGGGUUUCGUCCGAAGCACUUCGCUGCCUAUUAAGAGCACUCUGUUCCGCGAGUGGCACGACAGCCGUCUGGUCGCCUGGAAGCACUUUGUGCCCAUGGACAACCGCUUUGGCGAUUACUACGGCAUUAUGGAGUACUUCUUGGGGUACGGCGAUGACGUUCCCGGGCACGAUGCGGAGGCUGAGAAGAUUGCCACGGACGGUUCGGCUUGGGCUGAGAAGGUGCUGCGCAGAGAGGACAUGCAGAUUUACACCCUGCGGUUACUGCUGGAGUAUGCGCGAAUUUCAGACGAUCGUAGGGAGAAGAUGGGUUACGUGGACGAUUUGUUGUGAAGCAGCAAAGUGGACAGUAAGAAGAGACGGAGGACGUAUACCAUAUUUUUAGCAUAACACCGGUUCUAUCAUAGUCGACGUUAUUUAUGAAAGAAAGUCGUAGGGGACUAGCUUCCCUGUACAUAUGGGAGGAAUUCCCUACAUAUUGUAUGUUACUUGGGGUGUGGAUCAUCGGUACGAGGAAACGCUCAGUUGGAAAGACUGUAUUAGGAACCCACGACUACAGCAGUGCUGUUGGAG